CGUUAACUCACGUCGCGCGCAGUCAGCCUCGCGCCGAUUGGCUGAUCGCUGACAUUUGCACGGACACCUGCCGCCACGCGCUCACUUUCGCUUCACAUCUGCUCGCCGUCAUCUGCCGCUCGCGCUGGAAUACGUGACCAUGGCGACCUCGUGGCUUCUGCUGGCGUCGCUUUCCGCCGCCGCGGCUGUUCACCUGCCGGAACAAGACGAGUUCCACUUCAGGUCAUGGAUGUCUCAGUACAACAAAGUGUACAGCCCGCAGGAGUACUACGAGAGACUCCAGAUCUUCACUGACAACAAGAGGAGGAUUGACAAACACAAUGCAGGAAAUCACUCCUUUACAAUGCGGCUGAACCAGUUCUCAGACAUGACCUUUAGUGAGUUUCGGAAGUCGUACCUGUUGUCUGAGCCGCAGAACUGCUCGGCCACCAAGGGGAACUACCUCAGCAGCAACGCACCUCUGCCAGACUCCAUUGACUGGAGGAAAAAGGGAAACUACUUGACACCAGUGAAGAAUCAGGGACCGUGUGGCAGUUGCUGGACUUUCUCAACAACGGGCUGUCUGGAGUCUGUGGUCGCCAUUGGAACUGGGAAGCUCGUACCACUGUCAGAACAACAGCUGGUGGACUGUGCACAAGCUUUUAACAACCACGGGUGCAAAGGCGGCCUUCCCAGCCAAGCCUUUGAGUACAUACUGUACAACAAGGGGCUGAUGACAGAGACUGACUACCCCUAUAAUGCAUUUGAAGGUCCGUGCAGGUAUUCACCUAAGCUGGCAGCUGCUUUUGUGAAGGACGUGGUGAACAUAACAGCUUACGAUGAGAUGGGUAUGGUGGAUGCGGUUGCCACGCACAAUCCUGUCAGCUUUGCCUUCGAUGUGACCGCAGACUUCAUGAGUUACCACGAGGGCGUGUACACAAGUACGCAAUGCCACAGCACCACUGACAUGGUCAACCAUGCGGUACUAGCAGUUGGGUAUGGACAGGCCAAUGGCAUCCCGUACUGGAUAGUGAAGAACUCCUGGGGAUCCAGCUGGGGGAUGGAUGGAUACUUCCUGAUAGAACGUGGGAAGAAUAUGUGUGGACUUGCUGCCUGUUCAUCUUUCCCUGUUGUGUGAAUUAUACUUUUUUUACGCACAGUACAAAUUUUAUAAUAAGCCAAACAAAUUUAUACACAAUGUUAUAAGUCUUAACAUUCAGUAAAACACUAUGAUCAAAUAAUCACUUAAACAGCAGUCAUACAUUUAAAGUAAAUAAAUUCACAAAUAAAAUUUAACUUGUUAAAUA